UUAUAAACGAGAAGCAACAUGUCCGAGUACGAAAAUGUAGCAAAAGGAUCUCUUAAACUAAAAGGUGUUUCCGACGGUGGGGUCAAAAAGAAAAAGAAAAAGAAGAGCAAGGAUAGAGAAAAAGAAGUGGACCCAAAGAAGAUUUUAGAACAAAUGGCCCAAGAAAGCAGCUCGGGCAGUCAACAGACUUAUUUUAGAGUUGAUAAAAGGACGAAGGCAGAAAUGGCCUUUGAAAGAGCAAAAGAAAAGAGGGAAGCAGAAAAAAUCAUUGAUAAAGCAGCAAAAUCACACAAAGAAAGAAUAAUGGAUUUCAACGCUCACUUGGACAAUUUGACUGAGCAUUUUGAUAUUCCAAAAGUUAGCUGGACCAAAUGAAGCCUGUUCUUUGAUUUUCAAGAAAGUAAAAAGAGUCAUUUCUGUAAGAGUGCCCUGGAACCAAGCUCAGUGGCCAUUGAAAGGGAUUUUAAGGAAAGCAGCAUUGAAGAAUGUGACCACAUCUCGUUUAAAAUUGAUGUGCAUAAGUUAAAGUACAAGAGAAAAAGAAUCGUGCUUGGGCUCACCGACCUCAAGGGUCUAUACCACUAUGUUCUUUGUGAUAAUAUCACACAUUGUAUGAAUAAUACUCCAGAUUUGUGCUUCUUAAGAUUCAUUUUAGGCAAACAUCGUUAUGCAUAUUUAUAAAAAAUGAGUUUAUCAUGUUGGCAAUCUGGACAAGAAAAUAAUUUUUAAAUGCUACAGUAGCAAAAUAAUGGUUUUUAUUCAAAGUGAGAGCAGUAAAGUACAAAAUGAUAUGAUAAUACUUAUUUCAGAGAUUGGAAUAUUAAGUUGGCAGAAUUGUGAAUUGAGCAUUACAAAAAAUUAUCAUUGUGAUAAUUGAAUACUAGUACUUUUUUUACUGGAAUAAAGUAAAAAAGCAUACAUUCUU